AAUCCCGGUGAAGUUGCUGAAUGAUAAUGACUCCUAAUCUAGCAACUGGCAGCGACGAGUUGCUGAAGAAGACGAUACAGCAUCUGCAAAAGGCGCUGGACGAUCUGGUGAGCGUGAACUCCCUCUUCACCUUUGCGAUGUUCGUCGGGAUAUCCUUCGCCAGCUCCAACGUGCACAGCCUCGAGUUGCGGUCCGAAUGCCAAGCCGACAAAGACACGAGGAUGAACCUCUUGGUCAACGAGGUGGUGUCCUUCGCGUGCUUCCUCCUCUCGAGCCUCGUCGCCACGGCCCUCAAGAUGCACCUCUCCACGUACCUCGCCGUCGGCCCCGAAAUCAUCCAAAAAUUCCGGAAUCCUUGUUUGAGUAUGUUGAAGAACCUGAUGAUCCUGGUGUCAACGUUGGGGUCGAUCCUCGGUUGCAUCUACUUGACGCUGUCGAUGGUCGAUGUGGUCCGCGUGCUCCUCGGGAAACUCAGUUGCAUGCGAAGCGAUACGAUUCAGGCCGCGGGGAGCUUGAUUGCCAUCAACGUCCUGGCCCUCGCCAUCUAUGUGCCCUUCAUGAUGCUGGCCAUCUAUCAAUCCUACUUCAAUCUUGACAAAGCUCAGAAGUAAUAUUGUCUUCGCCAAUAUCAUCAUGUGGGGAUGCCGAUGAUGUUAAUAGUUAUUAAUUAUCGCGAUGUUCUUUUUCUUUCAUGUGAUGGAUUAUCAUUGUGUGACUGGAUUAGCCACAAAGCAU